AGACUCUGUAAUCGAACACAGAGAGGCGGUUCUGUUGACGUGGUAACGGUACCUGCUGUCAGUCCAGGUGGGAAUCUUCACACAUUCAUGAGGAAGAAUUAACACAGACGGGCUGUUUUAGAGGACGGAGUCAUGCUGGACUUUGCCAUCUUUGCUGUAACGUUUGUCAUCAUCCUGGUGGGCGCAGUUUUGUACUUGUACCCGGUAAGUUUCUCUAAGUUGAAAGUUAGCGGAGUUCAUGUUAGCAGCGCGUUACUUACGGCGAUAUCCGCUCUAAAUAGAGUGAAUUUAAUGUUUACUUUUGGUCUGAGAAGCUGAAAUGUAUUUAUGAAAUCGCUGAGGAUCUCAAAGGAUUUAGUUAAACCUCUUCCUCAGUUCGGCUGAAGUCUAACGUAGUUUCAGUGUUUAUUUCUCAUGUUUUUAAUGGAUCUCUUCAUACUGGGUGAGACUUUAAAGCUCCUGCUCUGUUUGGACUUUGAUCUAAGAUGUAUGAACACUGGUGUGGACACUGAGGGUUUAAUAUCAAAAAUCAUUACAUAUCAAAGUCAUGGUUUCAUGUCUCACUGACAGUCUCUGCUCUAAAGUUGAUUUCCUCUCUUGUUUUCAGUCCUCCAGAAGGGCCUCUGGGGUCCCAGGUCUUAACCCCACAGAUGAGAAGUAAGCUGUCCUCUUUACUCGUGUUAACUCUGAUGUAAACGUGUAAAAUAAUAUAAUAAUGAAGUGAUAAUGAAGUGUUAUUGACUUCAGUGUUUCACAGUUUUCUGCCAAUAACCCGGACAUCCUGUCUUUCUGCUCUUUCAGGGAUGGAAACCUGCAGGACAUCGUGAACAGAGGCAGUCUGCAUGAGUUCCUCGUCAGUCUACAUCAGGAGUUUGGACCCGUCGCGUCUUUCUGGUUCGGAGGUCGGCCGGUGGUCAGCUUGGGGUCUGUGCAGCAGCUACGACAACACAUCAACCCAAACCACACCAGUGAGUGCCGCUGCAUCCUCCCUGCUUCUCACUGAGUCACAGCUUCACAGAGACUUUUCUAUUGUUGUUUUUUUGAGUUAUUAACGAUGCUGUCCUUUGUUUUUUCUCAGCCGACUCCUUUGAAACGAUGCUCAAGUCGUUGCUUGGUUACCAGUCAGGAAUGGGAGGCGGUGCCACAGAGAGCAUAUUGAGGAAGAAGUCAUACGAGGGUGCCAUCAACAAUACGUUAAAGAACAACUUUCCUCUCGUGCUCAAGGUUUGUAAAGCCGAUACAAAUCAACUCUCCCAGACUUGACCUUCCUCAGAUCUGGUCUUCUGUGAGUGUUUUCUGUUUUUUAGCUGGUGGAUGAGCUGGUGGGAAAGUGGAAGUCAUUCCCGGAGGAUCAACACAUCCCUCUGUGCGCACACCUGCUGGGUCUCGCCAUGAAGACGGUCACCCAGCUGGCUCUGGGCGAGAGCUUCAGAGACAACACCGAGGUCAUUUCCUUCCGCAAGAACCACGAUGCGGUGAGAGCUGAAACACAGAUCUCUGAGAGGAGGAAACAGAUUCUUUAGACACUGAGUAAAUAAAGAUGAUGGUAGCUGACUUACUGUGGUUCUUCUGGGUUUAAAAAAGACCUGAUGGGUUAUUAAAAACUGGUCUGCUGAUGAGUUUUUCUCUCUCCUCCUGUCUCGUGUUGGUGGAUCAGAUCUGGUCAGAAAUCGGGAAAGGCUACUUGGACGGCUCCCUGGAGAAAAGCUCCAGCAGGAAAGGACAUUAUGAGAAGGGUGAGCUGGUUUAUGGAAGGGUCCUGGACUUCACUCUGUCAUCUGAGACUUGUAAACAUAUAUUGAUUAAAAUUACUGAAUUAAUAUUGAAUAAAAGCAUUUUUGACAGUGAUCCCAUGUUAUUAGUUAGAUAUUCUCAGCUUUAACAGGUUUUCAUUUCUGUAUUUAGAGCUUUAGUUUGAACUUCUAUUGUUAUUCUGAAAUCUGGAGAGUCGGGUUUAUCGUCUGAAUCUGGAUUUUGGUCUCUCACUCCUGCUCUGUGUUGAUUUGUUGGAGCUUCUUACGGCUGGAGAAACAGGAGGCAAAGUUUGCAGAAGCUUAGACAUGAUUUAUGGCAGACAGGGAGCGUCUGAGAGCCAACACAGACUGUGUAUAACCACCAGCUUAAUCAAUGAGCAGCAGCAGUUUUAGGGGGACUUUCAUUGAUUUUACUCCUAAAAACUCCAGCUUCUUAGGAUGAAUUUUUUAUGCUGUCUGCAAACUUGGAAAAAAGAGACUGUGGCUCAAAAUGAAGUCCUCUGAACCCCAGUGUGAGUGUGAGUCUGAUGGUUGUGUUUGUGUAUUUGCCUCCCGGGUGUUUAGCUCUGUCGGAGAUGGAGUCUGUGCUGCUGUCAGUGGCGAGGGAGAGGAAAGCCCAGAGGAAGCAGACAGUGUUUGUGGACGCUCUGUUUCAGUCCAGCCUCACAGAGCGACAGGUGAAUACAGAUGAAGUCACAUCCUCUGCUUUAACACUCUGACCCUGACUGCUCCCAUUAAAGGAGGAAAAGGAGCUGAAAGUCUGUCUGUUUGGGUUUGUUCAGAUCAUGGAGGACUGCAUGGUUUUCACUCUCGCCGGAUGCGCCAUCACUGCCAACUGUAAGUGAGGAGCAGGUCUAACCCUGACCCAGAACCUGAUCAGAGGUGGAUUUUCAGUGGUCCUGGUCAAACAGAAUCACUUCAUUUUAAAUUUUGGUGACUUGAAGAACGAAGUCUCUGAUGUUCUCCUGUUUCAGAGUCCAUGUCACUGUAACGUCAUUAACCCUUUAAUGUGUUCCACGGUGAGAGUUGAUUGUUGGGUGUUGUGUUUUUGGCAGUGUGUAUCUGGGCGCUUCGCUUUCUGUCCGCUUCCGAAGAAGUCCAGGAAAAACUGCAGCAGGAGUUGGAGGAGGUUUUGGGCUCUGAUCCAGUUUCCUUGGACAAAAUCUCUCAGCUCAGGUAGGACCAGGGACUCAGGCUGAAUGGACCCGGCACAGGUCCAUAAAUCAUGUUAUCACUGCGUCUGCAUGACGAGAGAGGAAGACUUCAAUGUCAACAUUCAUCCAAGCCUGAUCGAUGUGUUCAAUAACCUCAGUCUUCUCAUAUUUCUGUACUCGCAAAGAUACUGCCAGCAGGUCCUGAACGAGACGGUGAGGACAGCCAAGCUGACCCCCGUCGCGGCUCGGCUUCAGGAAGUAGAAGGCAAGGUCGAUCAGCACGUCAUCCCCAAAGAGGUAUCUGCUUUCCUGCGUCCCCUAUUUAUACCUCCUCAUGAAACAAAAUCAGUGUGGUCGCCUGUGGAAAAAAACACGUACAGCUUCUAUGUGGAGUUACACGUGUUUGAGAGACUUUACUCCAAGAACGCAAACGCCAAAAAGUGCUCUCCAACGAACUCAUCAUGGCAGACAGAGCGGUCCACGGGAAUUUAGCUUCAGUGUCUGUUCUUGUUUCUCUCAUUCCUGUUUUGUUUGGAGGCUUAUUUCCCUGGAGAUCUGCAGAAAAAAACUUGAGAUAUUAGAUCCAGAAGAGGCGGAAAUAAAGACAAAGGAAGGAAAGGAGGUUAUUCAGGGCGUCUUACGUCAGACAUAAUGACAGAGACUCUGAAAAGGUUUACGAAGACAUGCUGGACUGUUUUAAAUCAGUUUAUUUUGUCAUUUCUCAGACUUUGGUCAUCUACGCUUUGGGAGUGGUUCUGCAGGACUCUGAAACCUGGAGCACCCCGUACAGGUACUUCUUUUUCUUGAACCCCUAAGAUUGUAGGUUUGAGCGUGACGCCUCUUUCAUUUAGCUCAAGAACAGCCCAGAGGAGACUCUCAUGUUUGUGUUUUUACUUGAAUCUUUAGUUGAACUUCUUCUUCUGGCAGUUAUCACCCUGAACGGUAGGAGGACAUCAGGAGUGCAGUCGACCUCAAACACAGAUCGACGUUGUUAUUUUUCACCCCUCAGGUUUGACCCUGAUAGAUUCGAGGAGGACUCGGUCAGGAAGAGCUUCUGUCUGCUGGGGUUUUCUGGGAAUCAGACGUGUCCAGAGCUCAGGUAAACUAACACUGACACUCCUCAAAGUGCUGAAGGGAUUUUGUGUUUCGACUCUUCCUCUGAGCAAGGACUGAGACGAUGAGAAUGAGGGGAAAUGUUCCUCUCCUGCUGCUGUGAAGCUGCUCUAACAGAUGAUGUGAUCAAUCCUGAUGGUUCUCUCUGACAGGUUUGCAUACACGGUCGCUACAGUCCUCCUCAGCACGUUGGUGCGGCAGCUGAAGCUCCGCCCGUUGAAGGGACAGGUCAUGGAGGUCCGAUCAGAGCUGGUGUCCACACCUAGAGAUGAAACCUGGAUCACCGUCAGCAGAAGAAGCUAGUCUUCAACUGCACCUCCAGCAGAUAUUACCAUCAAAGUAUUCCUUGAAUGUUAAAUCCAGAGAAUAUAAAUUUUUCAACCAAUAAUUGACAAUAUGUCGGUCUUUUUCAGGGUUGUGGUUUUUUAUUCUUGCACAGUUCUUCAGUUUUUGACCGCCACAGUCUGUCCAUGAUUGUCUUUCUGAUGCUUUUAACUGAGCAGAGAUCUGAGGCCUUACACACAUGACUACACCUCCUGUCUGUCUGUCCACAGAGCAGACCUUCACCUGAUGAAAACUCAGUCUCAUGUGUGCUUUUGUCCUUUAUUUUUACAGCCCACCUAGCAUUCAGAAAUGUCAUUCCUUUUUAUACAGAGCUGCAUCUGAGAAAUGAUUAAACAUGUACCAGGACUCUUCUGGUUGUUUGUGGUCUUUCCAUUUUAUGAAUCCUGCUUAUUAGUACGUAACUCUGGAGUAGGUUUUCUAAAAGAGGGGGCGAGUUUCUUGGAUGGCAGUAUCAUGUGUCUUCAUUCUGGUAGUAAGCCCAUAUCUGUGCUGCUGAAGGGCCUUUGGGCAAGUUUCUAUUUCCUCCCCAGAUCCAGGCCUGCUGCUCUGUGGCCGAGUCUGUGCAGAGGAAGUGAUAAAAGAGGAAUCCCUCAAAGGAGAUCAUUACAGUCUCAUUUUUAAUACUGCUGUCUUAAUCAUGAUGUUAUUAGCAAAGUAAAAUACCUUUGUGCUGAAAACUAAUAAAAAGAUCACAUCGGUUCACCUACAUAUAUGUCGCUCAAAGACGAUUUGUGCAAACAGUUCAACGACUAAACCGAUCUGUGAGGAAGCUUGUUGAAAAAUCUAAUGAAAUACACAUUUAAGGUAAGAUAAGGUAAGGUAGACUUUAUUGAUCCAGCAAAGGGGAAAUUUAUGGUUCAGCUGAGAGCACAAAAACUAUGUUGUUUUUACUGUCUUCGUACAGCAGAUCCAUUUAGUGAUGAUGAAUCUUCUCUCAUUUAAAGUACAUUUCCUCAUCCUUGUUCUUUAUUAUUUCAGAAUCAGAGUACUUUGUUAAUUCUUCAUUAAUCCUAGGGCAUUCUCAAUAACUGUUUUAUAAAUGCCAAACAUCGCUGUAGACUUUCUAAUUCAGUAGAAAAGGAAAAAACACUGCUGUUUUUAUUUUAAUUUCUGUCUAACAAACAUUUAUUUGCCCUCUCUUUUUUUAGGGGGAGAAGACAAUUGAUUAUGUUGAAUGUCUGAACUAUACUUUAACUGAACAUGAUGAUUUAUGUAGACAGGGCUGUGCCAAUGAAUUUAUUUGUGUAUUUAGUUUUAAUUAGUAUAACACCAAUUUUUUUAUUGUAUGCAUUGUAUUUAUGUAGUCCUAAACAUUUUUAUUAUUUUUUUCUGUACGUAUGUGCAUAUAUAAUAUAUGUAUAUAUAAAUAUUUAUUCUUUU